AUGUAUUCACCAACAGAGACAAUGCUGCUUACAGCUACCGAUAAUGCAGCAUGUCUUGGUUCAUUAUAUGAUGUACAUCGAGAUCAAAUACUUGAAGCAUUAGAUAUGAACAUUAUGAAAACAUCUAUUAUACAAAAUCAAAAAGUAUUAUGUACAAUUCAAAAAUAUCGAACUAAUAACAGUCCGAAUCUUGCUGAAAUAAUGGGUAUUGAACAUGAAUUAAGAUUAAGUCUAUUAUUAAACUUUAUUCCAAAGAUCGGUAUAUCACGUAUUAUUGAUUAUUCCCAUACAAUCAAUCCAUACACUCGAUGUUUUCGUUAUCAUUAUUCAGAUCGUAUAGAACAUCUCGAAAAUCUUGAUCAAACUACGAACUUAUCGCAAACGGCAUUGUCUACGAAUUCUGCAACGCAUAUUAUUUCAGGAGUAACCAUUGGCAUUGAGACCGUCGUUAUUCUCCAAUUACCAUCCGAUGAUAAAAUUACUCAUGAUAUUGAUAUUCUACUAGAAAAAAUUCGUAACUUCUUGCAAAAUAAUAUAGAGACAAUCACAUUGAUGUUAGGUGAAGAAAGCUUGUUUGAUCAGGUUCUUUCGACAACAGUCUAUUCCAACAUUCCAAAGUUAGAAAAGAUGCCCAAGUUUAUCAAUAUUUGUCGCGCGUUAUAUCCACUUAGAAUUAAUCCAAAAGAACAUCGAUUGUUAAAAUUUCAUCUUAGUCCUAUGAAAUGGUUCUUUCCAACGUGCAAUCCAGAAAGUACUCGAAACUUGCCAUUAGAGCCAGCAUUUCGUGAUAUGAUCGAACAUGAUUUAUUUCAUUCGUGGACCGUAAUAAAGCAGACGAACUCAAAACUAGACAAUCGUACUAAAGUGUUACUUGAAAAAUGUCUACCUUGGCAAAUGAUGGAUGCACAUCGAAUUUAUUCACAAACAAAAGUCUAUCACGAAGAUGUAGCUGAACGAUUACGUUCAUUGAUCGUUUCAAUACGUAGUGGUCAAAAUGUUAAUGCAGACAUUGGACAAAUAUUUCGCGAUGAAUCUUACAUUCUUUGGAGGAAACUAACCGAUGAUUUAAAUAUGUAUGUUGAUCAUUUGCAAGCAAAAGCACAAAUCAUUUAUGAAUUACAACAACUAGAAUUUGACUAUUGCAACGCACUGGAUAGUGGUAUACAAGAAGGCGAUGAUCUAAUAAAAAUCCAGCAGAAAUUGACUCGUUAUGAGUCUACUCGACAUUGUUUAUGUUCGGACGACGAUCUGAAAAGCACGGAUCUAUUGAGUUGGAAUGGUCUUCGUGAUCGACUCAUUCGUGAACAGGAAAAUCAUGUAAAACUACGCCCGAUGUAUGUCGACUUUUCGUAUUGUACAUAUAAGUUAAAUGCAACGCAGAUCAUUUCCUUGCCUAUGAAGCCAGUUCCACGACCAAGAACACUACCUAUACCUAAUUCUUCGCGAUCGACAUCAACUACGGAUACCAUCAACAUUCUACUUCUCGGUGAAUCCGGUGUCGGCAAGUCAACAUUCAUUAAUGCUCUUGUCAAUUAUCUUACCUUCGAAUGCCUUAAUCAAGCUUUGUUGAAUAGUCCAAUUGUUCUCAUACCCGUCUGUUUUCGUUUGGAUGAAGAACACUUGGUAAGAUUUCAUUUAAUCGAAGAAACCGACCAUGAAUAUUCUAAUUCGCUUGAUCAAACAAUCACACAGUAUUGUAAAUCUUAUCUAUUUCAUCUUAAUGGAACGCAAACAAAGUUACGCAUUAUCGAUACGCCAAGUUUUGAGCAAGAAAAUAUGGAACAUAUUUUAAAUUAUUUGAAUCAUUUAACUCAUGUGAAUGCACUGUGUUUUCUACUUAAAUCGAAUGUGCCACAAUUGAAUGGUUCGUUUCAAUCAUGUUUGAAACAAAUGUGCAAGUUUUUCGGUGAGAAAGUUCGUAGCAAUAUUUUGUUUCUUUUCACUCAUACUCGUUCGAUAUCCUAUACACCGGAUGACACAGAAAAUAUGUUCCGUUUCGAUAAUGACGCAUUUCGAUAUCUGGUUGCAACUCAAAAUUCAAUCGAAUUCAAUAACGAACAGAAACAUGACUAUGAAUUGAGUUGGCAUCAUUCGAAAAAAGAAUCGACUCAACUCAUUGAGCACAUUCGUAAAAAUCUUAAUGUAUAUCGUCGAGAUGAAGAUUGGCGAUCGAUUAGACUUGCUCAAAUUGAAAUUAAUUCUAUGAUCCGUCCUAUCCUUGAAACAAUGAAAAAUAUUAUUCGAACACUUUCUCUAUGGAAUAUGGAAUCGACUCAAGUAUUCAUUCAAUUGAACACUAUUACGCUCAGACAUCCGUCUGCAAUUUGUCUGUCUUGUUCAAAGAAAACUCAUCGUUUUGGCAAUAUUUGGAUUAAAAUUGAAGAUGUACAUGAAAUUGAUAAUGAAUGCAAUGCUUGCCAAUGCCCCAUGGACAAACACGUUCGAAUUGAUUAUGAACUUCAACAUUCACUUGUACAACAACCGUCAACUCUUCAUGUAAGUGAGAUGAUGCAUCUAUUAAAACAAUUAUGUACUGUCAGUGCUUUAUUCGCUCAUUACCUGUUCGAUGUUACUGAAAAUCGACAAUACGAUCCGUUUCUCGAUGGUCUUCAGAAGAUGAUUAAUGAAGAAGCUGAGAUUUGCCAUGCACAAGAUCCACAUUAUCUCAAUGAAUUUGUGUUUAGCGAACUUAAAAAGAUGAACAAUAAUUACAAAAAUCAACUACAAAACCUGACGUCAAACUCAAAAACGACUUCACUAACAACUAUUUACCAAUGGAUUCUUACCGCGAGUAAAUAUCCAAUAAUGGCAGAACAAAUGGCAGCUAUCAGAGAGUCUCGACAACUUCUAAUAAAAAAACAUGAAUAUGAAGUACCAAACUAUCCGACAAACCAAUUGGAUUAUACUAACAUAUCCAUGUAA